UGCAUGUAAACAAUCGAAGCAUGGAUUUGAAAAAAAUUCACUAAAAUUUUAUUUCGACUUACGUUUUUCUUGAUCUAUUACUUUUUCUAGUGAUUAUACUUCUUCUAUUUGAUUUAUAAUUUGUUGUUAUUGAUUAUUGAAAUUAAAGUAUUGUGUACUGUCAGAAGCUGAGUAUUGAUAAUUUACUCAAGAAAAAGGUAUUGACUUAACAUUGGAUUUUCCUCAUUACUAGGCCUACGUUACAAUCUGUUUAUUAUUGUGGCAGAUUAUUUGCGUUGCUUAUUAUUAUCGCGAUUAGUUUCAAUUGUGACUUUGAUGCUGAUUUCAAUUCACCCAUUUUGCUAUUUCUGGACUGAUAAAUUUAAUUUACGAUUAUCUUGCUCUUGAUAUUUCUAUUACGUUGUUAAAAUGGCUGCUAAGGUAGAGCUCAACUGUGAAAUGACAUGUGAUAAUUGCGCCAACAAAAUUAGACAAGCUUUAAAUGGUUUAACUGGAAUAACUAUACAUUCAAUAGAUGUCACUAAGCAGCAAGUGUUAAUCGAAGUCGCUGAAAAUGCUGAGCUAACUAUACCAGAUUUGCAGAAUCAAAUUGAAGAUAAAACUGGAUUAAGAACGGUUAUCAAAGGAAUUGGCGAAGGCUUAGCCACUGUUUCAGAAUUUAAUGGUCCUGAUGAUUUGAUUGGUGUUAUAAGAUUAGCUCAGCUGUCUGAUAACCGAUGUCUUGUCGAUGGAGUCAUUGAUCACAUUAAAUUGAGUAGCGAAACAAACCAUUGUCGUUUAGAUAUUCAUGAAUUUGGAGAUCUGCGAAAUAUCGAUAAUGUCGGCCCUGUAAAAGUUCCCGUUCUAGACAAAGUUAAGCCAAUAGCUCGAAGGUGUUUAUUCCGUGGUAACUUUGAUAAUUGUGACCUCUCUAAUGUCAUUGGUCGAUCUUUGGUAAUUAAAGAACAAGAAAGUAAUCGUAAAUUAUCAGCAGCAAUCAUUGCAAGAGUCUCUCCUAUCUAUGGAAAUGAUAAAAAAAUCUGUAGCUGCUCAGGUAAAACCAUUUGGGAUGAGCGUGAUGAGAAGCGUCAAUCUAUUUAAAAUUUUACAACCACACGCAAUCCUAUUCUGGUUAAGAGCAUAAAGCUCAUUUUGGUUCAAAAAUUGGUGUUAUAUUUUGAUGAAUCUGGAUGAGACUGGAUCUUCAUGGGCUCAAGAUCAUUGUGAAGUUUUGAUAUUGCACAGUUUGAUUCCAAGUAAUUUUAAAUCAAGCAUAAACUAAAGACCAAUUGUGAUGAAACUUUACUUUCAGUUUCUAUGUAAUUUUUAAUAUUGAUUUUGCCUCAAGUGUCCCGGAAUUGUUCGCUAUACCGAUGCCAAUUUGCUUUUCAAGUUACAUCCAGUAGUCGAUAAAUCAUAUCAGGCAACAUUUAUUGACCAUUUAUUGGAAAAAAGUUGGACUCAAUUGCAUG